GCGCGGCGUGGCGCGCCGGCCGGGCGGCCAUGUGGACCGAGGUGUGCACGGCGGCGGCGUUCGUCACCCGCCUCCUGCGGGCCGCCGGCGGUAUCGGCGAGGAGCGGCUGCGGCGCUUCCGGGAGUGCCUGCAGGAGGCGCUGCGCGAGCGGUACAAGCACCACUGGUUCCCCCUGGCGCCCUCCAAGGGCUCCGGGUACCGCUGCAUUAGGAUCAACCACAAGAUGGACCCCUUGAUAGGCGAGGCGGCGGGGAUGAUUGGGCUGAGCCACGAGAGACUCUUCCAGCUCCUACCCAGCGAAUUAACUCUUUGGGUCGACCCUUUCGAGGUGUCCUAUCGUAUAGGUGAAAACGGCUCUAUCUGCGUCCUUUACGAAAGUCCCCAGCCAGGGUAGGAGACGACCAAACCGCUGGAGAGUAGGACCAGCCGUAAGGAGCACAGAUCCAGCCCUUCCGAGAAUUACAACAUGAUGACGGUUUCUAGUUAAGUUCCUGUUCCAACGAUGUAUAUAUAUCCUGGUUUCUGAUAAAAGUAGAUGCGACCGAGAUCUUUAUUCUUUUUUUAUUGGUAGUGGUAGUAUUUUCCACCCAAUAGUCAUUCAAGCCGUAGUAGUACUGCCAAGUUCUUUGUGGCCAAGGGCUAAUGUACAAAGCAGUUCUUUAAGCUGCCUGUUACUCUCUGGAUCACGUACUGUAAAUGCACUGUGCAGUCAGCUGACUGUUUUACACAUUUAUAUUUUCAAGGAAGUACUAGUUAUUUGUAAUAAAAAAGCAAUAUUGUAGCACUCUUGAUGAAUUUUAGUCAAGAUUAGCACUUGGUUUUAAAAAAACUCAACUUGCAAAGCAAUAACACGGGAUUAAAAACAAAUUUAAUGAGCUGCACGUAAAUCUUUCCAGUGACUUGUCUGCACAGAGUUUUCUGAGGGUCGUUCAAGUUUGGCUGUAAGGCAGAAAUAACAAAAAGUAACUUCUAUUUUUUCCUCUUUCAAAGCAUGCAUUUAUAUCAGGGUUGGGUUUCAUCUUGCCCCAACGUUUUGACAGAAGGCAUUGGGGAAAUAGUUAUCUUGUUAUUUCUAGUUAUUGAAGUAGAAUAAUAAAGACUUGUUCAAA